AGUUCAUUAUACCAGCUAUUGUGUUUUACCAAGAAUCUUCCGUGAACGCUACCAUCUACCUACUGAUGCCCAAAAAUUUACUUUUGUGUUUCUACGAUUAUUAUCAUCAGCCUAAGCCAGUGCAGUGACCAGUUGACGAGAGAGGAGAGUAAGGAAGCAACAAUGUUUCUAGUGACCAACGAACCACAGUGUGAUGGAGCGGACUGGCCUCACAGAGCGUGAACUGUAUUCACAAGUUUCAUUCUAAAUCCUACCCACGAUUCAAUAGGAUGUAAACUUUUCCCGGCUCAGUGUCCCAUCGAAUCAGUGUUUGUCGUUGGAGGAAAUCUUAUCAGAUAUAAGUUACAACAUUUCUUGCAUUUCGUUUGUGUUAUCAAUGAAUACUUUGGGUUGGAAAAGAACGGAUUGCCAAGUAAAAUUCACUCUGGUUUACUUCGAAAUGUGGCCGUGAAAUUUAGUUCGUUAAUUAAAUUAGUGCUGAUGGAAAAAAUUUACAUCGUUCUAAAAUUUAGAAAAUCUUUUGGUUUUGAGAUUUAUGAGAGUACAGCAUAUUACUGACAAUGUAUAGAAUAAAAAAGUAGUUCUGCUACAACUCUAUUUCCGGUGUUCCGUCUAAAAUAACAUACCAUAAAUACAAAUAAGGGAUAAACAUAACUUCCAAUAUAUAAUAUAACCAUGGAUAAGUUGCACGACUAUCAAGGAUGGACAGGACGAUUUCAUGAAUUUAAAGACGGAUUACGCGCGAAACGCGAUGCAUGGCGUGAGCAAGGAUCGGGUGGAUUUACUCAAUAUCUUCGCGACAGCAUAAGACAAUCGAACCAGCGGCAGGAUAACAUCGACACCAAUACGUCCUGGGGUGAGACUGGUGUGGAUUUUUCUCAUAUAUAUCGAAAGAAAACGAGAUUGGAAUUAGUACGCGUAUCGGCGGCAGUAAUGGGAAUCGAAUUUUCAUACGCAGCAGAGACAGCGUUUGUGUCGCCAACGCUUUUGAAAAUUGGCGUCCAACAUCAACAUAUGACUCUUGUUUGGUGUCUGUCACCCUUAGUUGGAUUCUUUCUAACCCCAGUAUUGGGCUCAAUGAGUGAUCGCUGUAAAAGCAAUUUUGGAAGGCGUAGACCAUUCAUAUUUAUCUUAUCUGUAGGAGUUCUCCUAGGUUUAUUGUUGGUCCCGAACGGAGAAAGUCUUGGUUAUGCAUUCGGUGAUCCGUAUCCGAACAUGUCUAAUGAAACCAAUCAGAUCCAAAGUAUGCUUCCACACAGAUCCUCGGCCCAAGAAGAAGUGAGCAGCCAAGAUAACGAAACAAUUACAACGUCUACCAGACCAACUCAUCCCUGGGGAAUAUUGUUUACUAUACUCGGAACAGUCCUGCUCGAUUUUGAUGCGGAUGCUUGUCAAAGUCCAUCUAGAGCUUACUUACUUGAUGUUACGAUUCCUGAAGAUCACGCAAGAGGAUUAUCAACAUUCACCAUUAUGGCUGGACUCGGUGGUUUCAUGGGAUAUUCCUUAGGAGGCAUAAACUGGGACAAUACAGCUAUCGGCCAAGCCUUCGGAGGUCAUGUAAGAGCAGUAUUUUCACUAAUUACCAUCAUAUUCAUAUUAUGCGUAUUCUUCACAAUAACGAGCUUCAGCGAGAUUCCGCUUUGGAUAUUAGACGAAGAAAUUCAAAAGCAAGACCCUGUACCGGUAUGUAAGAUUACUAAAUCACUAUCCGAGCAGGACGGGUUGGAGAGCAAAGAUAACGCAUCUUAUGGAAGCGUCGACGAAGAUAGAUUGCAUCAUCCCAAAAACAAUUCGAGGCGAUAUACGAUGCCGGCAUCGAGUGGCAAUCGUGAUUACGACGAACUUCCCGGAAACAACUGUGCGGAAACCUCAUUCACUAAACAAAAGUCUAUAGAGAGCGCUGAUAAUGAGUUUAAUAAAAAGAAUGACACAGUUACGCUAAGGACAUACUUGAAAUCGAUUAUUUUUAUGCCACACUCGCUCCGAAUGGUUUGCCUAACGAAUCUGUUCUGUUGGAUGGCUCACGUUUGCUAUUCUCUAUAUUUCACGGACUUCGUUGGAGAAGCGGUCUUCGGGGGAAAUCCAAAAGCACUGGAUGGAACUGAAGACUAUAUCAACUACGAAGAAGGAGUUCGGUUCGGAUGUUGGGGAAUGGCUAUGUAUUCGCUGUCAUGUGCUUGCUAUUCACUGAUAAUCGAGAAGUUGAUACAGAGAUUCAAAGCUCGAAAAGUUUACGUUGGUGGUUUGCUGUUUUACUGCUGUGGAAUGACGUUUAUGGCAUUGGCUAAGCAUCGAGCGGGUGUAAUAAUUUUCAGCUGGACUGCUGGCGUAAUGUACUCAACAUUGUUCACCAUGCCAUAUCUGCUAGUCGCACACUAUCAUUCCGAAGGUGUUUUUGAGGUUGCCGUCGAAGGCAAAGAAAAACAAGAAAUCAACGUCCGAGGAUUGGGAACCGAUGUUGCUAUCGUAAGCAGUAUGGUUUUCCUGGCACAGUUUAUAUUGUCUAUUUGUAUGGGGACGAUAGUUUCCUGGAGCGGAACCACUACAGCAGUCGUCAGCGUGGCUGCAUUCCUUAGUUUCUGUGGAGCAAUUUCAGCAACUAGAAUUAUGUACCUUGAUCUGUAAUUUUAAUUAGCAUCUCAAGCAUUAACACUAGAAAGGAAAUCGAAAGAAAAAAAUACAAAUAUGUAAUUCUGGUACAUGUAUUUAUCACGUGAAUAAUAUUAUAUGAUAUGAAUGUAUGUUAUAAUAAAAUGUUCAUAUGGA